AUGACGGAGCAGCAGCCCGAACGUAGUACUACUAUACGGCAGCGCCAGCAGCCGCAGCCGCAGCCGCAGCAGCAUUGCCGGGAUGCGAAAGAGCGUCAGAUGCAGCAACGACAGCAGCUGGACGACGCGGCAGCCGUCAAUGCUUCCACGCCGCAUCCCACGGCCAACCCCUCCCGCCGCUCCCCUGCGUGCUCCCCCGGCGACGACGGAACGCAGGUCGCGCGGGACAAUACCAAUACCAAUACCACCACCACCACCACCACCACCACCACCACCACCACCACCACCACCACCACCACCACCACGGCCAAUAAGAGCAGCAGUACCUCUUGCGAUCAGAACCGCCGGCAGCUCCACCGGUUGUCAGGAUCACUAGCAAGCCGGCCUGGCGCAGCGCGCACGUCGGCGGGUUCAGAUCCGGAUCUGGAUGAGCCACCCAAGAAGCGCCACCGUCCGUCCGAUGACUGCGGCGGUGAUCGCGGCGGUGAUCGCGGCGGUGAUCGCGGCGGUGAUCGCGGCGGCGCUCCUGAUGUCGCCGGUCAAGAGCGUGCUGGUGGAGACUCAGCCGCCGCGGCCGCCGCCGUCGCCGCCGCCGCCGUCACUGCUGCACCUGGUACUGGCAGCGCAGCAGCUUCUGGGGCCGCGGCAGUGCGGAUGAUAGCACCUGGGGCAUUCCCUGCUGCUGCGUCUCCCUUCCCCUCCUCCUCCUUCGCUUCCCGCUGGCCCAUCCUCUCCGCACCCUUCGUCGCCGCACACUCUCCUGUGAAAGCUUCUCGUCUGCUCACCACCACUGGUAAAAACGCCCAUUCCUUGCAGCAAAUGCUACCUGCGGCUGGGAUUUCCCGUCCCUCCGCUGCCACCACUGCGAGUGGCGCCACUGCUGCUGAUGCCGCUACAACUGGGGCAGCGGCAGCUGUAGGUGCAGCAGCAGCCAACCUUAUCCCCGCCACAGCAGGAGCGACACGAGCAGGAGCGGCGCCACGGGUGGUGCCGUUGCCGUUACCCGCUCCUGUGGUUCUCGGUGUGCCUGUGCCAUCCUCUGUGAUCCUAGCAAUGUCGCGUGGAGCGACAAAAUCAGCGACAGCCACAGCAGAUCCGUCCACAGCUGAAGCAGCAGCAACUCUAGCAACCGCUGUGUCGGAUGGGCGAGGGAUGGAGUGGGCAGGCGGGGCCGCAUCAGCAGCAGGGGGUUGCGGAGCGAUGCUGACGCCGCUGAAGCGCAAGAGAGGGCGACCAUCUAAAAAGGACCGAGCAGAGCAGUCACGCCUCUUCCUGCAGCAGCAGCAGCGGGAGAAAGCAGCUGCAGCAGCUGUCUCUGCCGCUGCAGCAGCCGCGUUGGGAUCAGCGUCAGCAAGGGCUCUAUCCGCUCGCUUGGGCUUGGCAGGGAGUGCAUCGAUUGCGGGCUAUGCGUCGUCGUUUGCUGACUGCUCCCUUUCAGACUCCAAUGCUGCGGUCCCCUGUUUCCCAUCCCCCGCUGCUGCUCCAGUCAGCGUUUUUACCAACACAAGGUUUCCAGCUGCUGCUACUGCUACUGCUGCUACUGCUGCUACUGCUGCUGCUGCUGCUGCUACUGCUGCUGCUGCUGCUGCUGCUGCUGCUGCUGCUGCUGCUGUUGCUUCUUCUGCUGCCGCCGCCACUGCUGCAGGUGCUGCGGCCGCUACUGCAGGUGGCGCCAGCGCUGCAGCAGCCAACAUGCACCUUCCGUUUGCUGCACUGACGAAAAACCAGUCCGUCUGCUCCCCCACGCCUCCGCACCCUGCAGCACCGCUCACUGCUGCUCCUGACGCCUUUGCCGGGUUGAGAGCGGAAGUGUUUGCGGGCAUGGCCUGUGUGCCUGGCGCAGUGGCGCUAGGCGUUCCCUGUGCUCCGCUGACUGCUGAGAUGCAAGCCUGUGCUGCCAAGGGCUUGUCAGGCGCAGUGCUGGCAAGAAACGCUGGUGGCGCUGGCGCUGGUGGCGUGGGCGGUGGUGGCGCGGGUGCGGACAAGUCAGAGGCUGGGAGUUGCGGUGGCGGGAAUAGCAUAGUUCGAGUCCCUGCAUUGGCUCAUGUGCACAAAGCUGCGAAAGCAGCUCAUGCGGGGGUUGAUAAAGGGCAAAGAAGGGUAACUAACGAGGCUCGUCAGGAGGACAACGAAGGGGUGAAGCAGGGGGUGAAGGGAGGAUAUAAAGCGGGUGGUGAGAGGGCCUUACGGCCUGUUCAAGGGUCUGUGCGGAGUGGGUCUUCAGGCAGUUGUGGUGAGCAGAGAGAGCGGCUAGGCGUGGGUAGCACUGGCGGUGUGAGCAGGAGGAGAAUGGCAGAGGAGGAAGACGAGGAGGAGGAAGAGUAUGGGGAGGAGGAGGAGAAGGAGGAUGAGGAGGAGGCGGAGGAGGAGGAGGCGGAGGAGGAGGAGGAAGGAAAGCAGCAGGAGGAAGAGGAGGUGGAUUCGGGGGGAAGUGGCGAAUUGAGAGAAGCAGCAGCAAAAAGAGGAGCAAGAGGGGGAGGCAAAACGAGACGGGGGACGAAAGCAGGCAAGGCACGAGAGGGCCGUGCAGCACUGACAGCAACAACAACAGCAGCAGCAGCAGCAGCAGCAGCAGCAGCGCCAAAACCGUCGUCAGGUGCUGUGCCUGCGCUGGACUGGAUGUUACUGCAGAUGCGGUCGCGCGUUGCAUUGCCUGUAGAGGCUCUUCAAGAACAGGCGGAUGAAUGCUGCCCUGCCGUGCUGGCGCGAGCGACUUUUGAGGCGCCCCAAACGGUGUUGAAAGCACAGGCGCAUGAACGCCGACCUGCUGUGCUGGGGCGAGUGGGGGAGGGAGUCAGGGAGGGAGGGAGAGGGAGCGGGGAGAGGGCGAGGGAGAUGGAGAAGGAGUGGUGCAGGGAGAGGGACAGGUUGGAGGAGAGUUACGGGAAGAGGGAGGCGGGGAGGAAGGAAAAGAGGGAGUGGGAGAGGACGAUUGGGAGGGAGUGGGACGGGAAGAUGGGGAGAGAGAGUGGGGUGGAGAGAGAAGGGGCGAGUGGAAGGGAGAAAGGGAGUGAUGGUGGGAUGAAGGGGUAUGAGGGGGAGGGGAUGACCAGGCACAGGAGAAAGAGCAGGCGGGUUUGUGGGGGGAAGGAAACUGGAGAAGCCAGGGAAGGAUUGGAUGAUGAGGCGGCAAGAGAACAGGGAGAGAGGCGUAGUGGGGACCAGUGGAGAGGAGCUGAGAGGCGGAUGCAGAGGAGGAGUAGAGAGGUGGAGAGUGUUGGGGAUUAUGGCCUGGAUGCUGGUGCUGCUGCUGCCACUGCUGUUGCUGCUGCUGGUGCUGGUGCUGUUGCUGCUACUCCUUGUCCAUUCAUCUCGCCCCAUCCUGUCGCUCCUGCCUCUAUUGCUGCGGCUGCCAUCGCAGCAGCGGCAGCAGAGGCAGCAGAAGCAGAAGCCAAGGCCUUUCCCCUGUCGUUCUUCCCAGCAGCACGCAGUGCAGCCGCUUCUGUGUCUGCCUCUCUCUCUGUCAACGGUCGCCCCGCGCCUCCUCCUCCCCCUCCUCCGCCACCGCCCCCUCCUGCUCAUGUUCCUGCUCCCCCUCCCGCUUCUGCUCUUCCGGCUGCUCCUCCUGCUUUUCCUCACCCUAUUUUUCACAGCACAGCCUCGCCCUCCUUCUUUGGUUCGUCUGCCACUGCUGCUGCCGCUGUAGCAGCAGCUGCUGCUGCAACAGCUAGCACCUACGGACUUCAGCAGCACAACCCAGUCCUGCCUUUCCUCUCCCCUUCUCUUCUCCAGCAACACCCGUCACUUUUCUCCUCCUGGCCUGCGCCUGUUUCCGCUGCGCCGUACCAGUCUUCUGCUUGGUGUGAGGUAUUCAAAGCAGCGGCAGCAGCAGCUGCUGCUGCGUCGGCAGCAGGGGCAUGGGGGGGAGCAGGUGUGGGUGGGGCAGGGGUCCAUGACCCUCCCAUCCACCCGGCACUUAUGAGGCAGGCGUUGCUGCGUAGCUGGACUGCUGCCAACAACUCUCCUGCUGCUGCUGCUGCUGCUGCUGCUGCUGCUGCUGCUGGGCUGAACGCAUGGAACAGCAGCGACAACGCUGGUGGUAAUGCGUUGGGAGGGGUGGGGAGAGCGGUGGAGACAGGAGGGACGAGGCCUGAAAGAUGGCUGGGGGGAGCUGAGGAAGAGGGGGGGCACGUUAGAGAGGAGUGGAGUGAGGAGGAGGAGGAGGAGGAGGAGGAGGAGGAGGAGGGGGGGGGAGGAGGAGUUAGAGGAAACGGAGGGAGAGGCGUGGCAGCAGCACAGGACCGCGUGUGGACUGGUGCUCGGUUCAACAGUGCCAGGCCUGCUUCCAUCACCCGUGGAUCUGCAGCGGUGGCUGGAGCCGCACUUCAGUCUCAUGUGAACCGCCUCACCACUGACAAUCCUGCUGCUGCUGCUGCUGCUGCUCCUCCUCCUCCUGCUCCGCCUGCUGCUGCCUCUGCUCUGCCUGCCGCUGCGAGUGAGCGUAGGAACAGCCUGCCCGCCCAAGGGGUACUUUCGUUCCUGGGAGACGCCUCGGCGCUUGCACCUGUCGCAGGCGCGGCAAAGGGAGAGCAGCAGCGGGUGGCUGCACCCCCGCGGUCGCUGCAGCGGUGGGGCUUUAGUGGAGUAGUCCAGGAGAUGGAGAGCUGCUGGGUGGGAGGGGAUGAUGGCUAUGCGCAGAGGAAACUCUUGGACGAGAGGACAGCAGAGGUGGGGGUGGACAAGGGUCUUAGGUCGCGGGUGAUGGGAGAGGCAGGGAUUAGGGGCAGAGGGGGAGUGGGAGUGCGGGAGAGUGUGUGGGAAGAGGAACGCGUGCUUAAGGCUUGGAACAGCCAGUUGGCUGGUCCAUCUGAAGCUACUGCGCCCCAUGCUGCUUGGCUUGGUGCUGCCUCUCGCGCUGCUGCUCUUGCUCCUGCUGCUCCUGCUCCGGUUGCUGCUCCUGCUGCUGCUGCUGCUGCCGGUCCCACUGCUGGUACUAGAGGCCGUAUUGCGGGUGGCAGUGAAACAGGUGUGACUGCAGCAAACCGCCAGUGCGCAUCCCUGUACACACCACCACCUCCUCCUCCUUCUGACACCUUUCUACGCAAGGUAGCACCUGCAAGGCUGGUGCGUCCGCUUGGAGACAGUGGGCGAGGAAGGGGAACGGGAAGCUCCUGGGGUGGUGCGAUCACGGAUGUUGCUGUCAGCACUGCUGGCUUGACAUCUGCUGCUGCUUCUGUUCCCGCUGCUGCUGCUCCUUUUCGGUCAGUUUCAGGUGAUGCUCCUAUGGGAAGAAGUAGAGACCAGUACGCUGGUGCAGGUUUGGGAUGUCUGCAGCACCCAGGUGGGGGAAUGGCAACCACCAGUUUGCCACACGUGGCUGGUAUGCAAGAGCUCCUUUUUGGAAAUCGUGUGCAGGCCAUGCAGAAUACAGGCCAAGGCGGUCUUGGUGGGCACGAUGGCAAUAAGGGAGCUUAUUCUUGGGUGCUACGGAGGGGAGGGAUAGGGAGUGGUUGGGGUAGGGCAGAAGAGCAGGAUGCCUUGGAGAAUCAAAGAAGAGUGAAUAGCAAGGAGGAGAACGAGGAGAAUGACUUGCAGGAGGCAGUGAGAGUUGCAAGGGCGGCUGCUGGUGCAGUGGAUCUGACAUUGAAGCUUUGA